GGCGGAGCGGCCUGGCUCGCAGGCAGGCAGGGGCAGGGCGGCUGCCGAGCUGCUUUGCGCUCCCCCAACGCCCACGUAAGGAAGUGGUUGCAUUUCUCGGAGAGGAAAAGGGAAGUCAGGCUGCCUCCGCGGGGCAGCCAGCAGCUCUCGCCGCUCGCUCCGGGCUGCCGUUCGUGUUGACUGCCCAGAGUCCAUGAACUAGCCCUGCCUGCGCUGCCUGCCCUGCCUGCAAGCCCGCAAGCCAUGGCCUACCACAGCUUCCUGCUGGAGCCCAUCAGCUGCCAUGCCUGGAACAAGGACCGGACCCAGAUCGCGCUCUGCCCCAACAACCACGAGGUCCACAUCUACCGCAAGGACGGGGCCAAGUGGAGCAAAGUCCAUGAGCUGAAGGAGCACAACGGACAGGUGACGGGCAUCGACUGGGCCCCUGAGAGUAACCGGCUGGUGACAUGUGGGACCGAUCGCAAUGCCUACGUCUGGACCCUGAAGGGCAACGUCUGGAAACCCACCCUGGUCAUCCUGCGGAUCAAUCGGGCCGCUCGCUGCGUCAAGUGGUCCCCCAAGGAGAACAAGUUUGCUGUGGGCAGCGGCUCCCGGCUCAUCUCCAUCUGCUACUUUGAGCAGGAGAACGACUGGUGGGUUUGCAAGCACAUCAAGAAGCCCAUCCGCUCGACAGUGCUCAGCCUCGACUGGCACCCCAACAACGUCCUCCUGGCUGCUGGCUCCUGCGACUUCAAGUGCCGGAUCUUCUCAGCCUACAUCAAGGAGGUGGAGGAGCGGCCCAGCCCCACGCCAUGGGGCUCCAAGAUGCCCUUUGGGGAGCUGAUGUUCGAGUCGAGCAGCAGCUGCGGGUGGGUGCACAGCAUCUGCUUCUCGGCCAGCGGCGCCCGCGUGGCCUGGGUCAGCCACGACAGCACCCUUUGCCUCGCCGAUGCCAAUAAGAAGAUGGCCGUUGCCUCCCUGUGCACCGAGACCCUGCCCCUCCUGGCCGUCACCUUCAUCACCGAAAACAGCCUGGUGGCUGCGGGCCACGACUGCUACCCGAUGCUGUUCACCUACGAGGAGAGCCAGGGUGCGCUGACCUUCGGGGGGAAGCUGGACAUCCCCAAGCAGAGCUCCCAGCGUGGCCUCACCGCCCGCGAGCGCUUCCAGAACCUGGACAAGAAAGCGAGCUCGGACACUGCCAACGCCACGCUGGACACCCUGCACAAGAACAGCAUCAGGCACAUCUCGGUGCUGGUGGGUGGGAAGGCCAAUUGCUCGCAGUUCUGCACCACGGGGAUGGAUGGCGGCAUGAGCAUCUGGGACGUCAAGAGCCUGGAGUCGGCGCUGAAGGAUCUCAAGAUCAAAUGAAGGAGCCAGCCAGGAAGGGCGUCCAGGCUGCCAGCCUGCCCCUGCUCUGCCGCGCCUGCCUGCUUUCCCCCGCAACGUCUGCGCCACGCAAGCCGGCCACGAUGCCACCAGCACGCUUCCCCGGCUGCCAGCCAGCCCCGGCGGCUGCUCUCAGGCAAAGAAACAGGUUUUUGGGUUUGUUUUUUUUUUUACUAUUUUUGUUACCAUCCUACCUGAUGCUGGUCAUACAUUGCUUAAAUAAAUAAAAAUUAAGGAUUUUCCUGUAUAAAUCCAA